UACACAUUUUCUAAUGACGUCACACUCGGGACACCGGCGAAGAGAACGAGUUUUGCAUACAGAUAGAUUUGCAUCAGGAAGGCGACGAUUUAAGGAGGAAAAUAACUCUUAAAUCCACCGGUUUUGGGUCAAAUUAAGUAGUAAGAGUCGGCUUGUUGUAGAAAAUAGGCUUGAAGCCAUCCUGUGGGUUACUCUUUUGUGUUCAACACUUUCAAUCGUAGAUAAUCACCAUGUCUUGGGACUCCUACCUCGACAACCUGGUCGCCCAGGCUGACGGACAUGCUGACAGGGCGGCCAUAAUCGGUCUCGAUGGUGGGGCAUCCUGGACCACUGCCGGACACCCAAAUGGCAUUGCUCUUCAAGACGGGGAGGGCGCCAAAAUUGCCGAAUGCUUUAAGCGAAAGGAUUUCAGCAAAUUCCAAGCAAGCGGUGUGUUCCUCGAGGGUGAGAAGUAUCAAUUCCUCCGAGAAGAGGACGGCAAACUGGUGAUGGCUAAGAAGAAGGAUAAGGGAAGCAUGACCCUGCAGAGUUCAAAAACAGCCAUUGUAAUAGGCCACUGUCCUGAGGGCGGUCAGCAAGGGAGCUUGAACAAGGCUGUGGCGGUUAUUGCCGAAUAUCUUGAGUCAGUGAAUAUGUAACAACUGUUGAAAAUGUAUAUUUAGGUACUUUGUAGCCAAAUAAUUAUCUCACUUGUGUUAUAUUCAAUUUAGUAUUUUUGUCCCCUCAAUUCCAAGUGUUAAUUUGAGCAAUUUUUUUGGAUAAGAUAGAAAUUUCAUUAGUAAUCUUAGGCAUUUUUUGUUAUAUUUGUAAUUUGAAAGGACAUAUUUUUUGUUUCAAUUUUACAUGUAAGAUGGUAUAAUAAAGUGAGGCUUUAUACAUCCAAAUCGGUAAUUAAAUUGUAUACAGAAAAAAGCCAUAGCAUGCUGUCAGACAAGUUUCUUCCCUUUGAAUGCACUCUUGUUUCUUACAAAAAAAAUAUAUAACCAACACUCAAAAGUAUACAUUAAUUAAAUUGAAGAUAACUUCUUAUUGGGUUCAUUUAUGAUGUUACAUUUUACAUUUAUCUUUUGUGGAUUUUUCCCCUGAUUUUUAACACUCUGGUUAGAUUUAUUUUGACAGUAUUUCCAUUGGGACCAUCUGCUAAUAUAAGGAGUGUUGUAUUUUAUGCGUGAAUGCUUCAUUAUAAUGUUUGUUGAAGGAACAUCUGGUGGUGUUUAGCCUUUGGUAAUGUUGCAAUGCAGCCUUGUAUUUACCUGUACAACAGCUGCCUGCUGUGUUUAGAAUAAUGAAAGUCUAUGUAGGUUAAGGCUUUCAAAUAUGCAUUAUCAAUUGUGCAUUCUUUCAUAUUUAAAUGUUAUUAACUUCAGAUUGAUAUUACUUUUGUUUUUGGAAUUAAGAAAAAUGUGCACUAUGUUAGCUUAGUAAACAAUUUACUGUAAUUCUGUAAUUUGUUGGCGAAAAGCAAAUUAAGAGUGAAGUCAUUGCAGCUGUUGAGGUAUUACUGUUCAUAUUGAUAGGCCUAUGAGUGUUAAAGUGAUAAAAAAUCAUUCAUUUUUUAUGUCAGGACAUUCCACCUAAUGUUAAAACAUGUAGUUCGCUCAAUGUAUUUUAUGUUGUAACGAUCUAAAUGGAACUUGAUGAAAUACACAUUUACCAACAAAUCUUUAUGUAAACUAACACAGCUGACUUUUUGAUGUGUUUAUUAUUAUUAUUUAGUAUCCUCAUAUUGUUGCAUUUACCGUUAUUUCUUUACUUUAAUAAUUACUGUACUGCAUAAUUGUCCUACAAUGUGUCUGUGCUAUAUAUACUUUGUCUUUAUGUUAAAACGUUAAUGUCUUUUUAUUUUUUACAAGUGCUACAUUAAUAAACUUGCGUAUGAUGUACAAAUGUUCAUAAUUUUCCACCACCUGUGGUCAAAGACUCAAUUUUCCCUUAUUGUUCAUGCCUUUUGGUUGAUAACUUUAACUUAGGGCAUUUGAUGUAGUUUAUGUAAUUUUUUAUAUAAUUGGUUAUUAAACAACAGCACUUCACUAUAUUUUGGCACUUGAUUUAAUUUAAAAACCAAUAGUUGUAUAUUUAAAAGCUUCUGAGUGGAUUAUGGACUUGACCAAGAAAGGAUGGUUCCCUUUAAUGGCUUUUUCUUUGAAAGAUGUAUUCUUGAUAAUGUACAACUCUGAGUGGUGAUGAAUGCUAGGCUGUUACAGCUUUUGUAUACCACAUGAUUCAAUUCUAUUAUUCUAUUGUGAUUGUGUGCGUGCUAUGCUCAAUCCACUUUAUAUUAUUAUCCAUCUUAUUUGGAAAAAUUGGUUAAGAUCUAUUUUGAAAUUAAUUGUUUGGUAUUUAUAAUUCAUUUGAGGAAUGCACUCGAGAAUGUGGCGACUUUAGUGAACGAUACUAAGAUGGAAAUCUUUUUGCAAAGCUAUUGACGAAUCUAGUUAUUACAAAAAAUGUGUACAAAUGUCCAAAUAUGAUCUGAAAAAACUUUGUAACCUGGUUUAUUCUUAAAAUGAUUGUAACAGUACUUUGUUAUAUUGUGAAAAGCAUUGGAAUAGAUUGACAGUAUCUGCAAAAAUUGGCCGCUUUUACCAAAAUAAUAUUCAAAGAUUAACUGGUCUGUACCCUUUGACCAUUUUAACCUUUAUAAAAAAAGCUGUUACUUUUUUCUUCAGUAUGUUUUGCACUACACAUGUACUAGUUGUACUCCGUAUAUACCUGUGCUUACAUCUUCUAUAUGCAAUAUCUAAUUAAAAACAAAAACACAC